UCAUUAUCUUUCUUUGUUAUUUUUCUUUGUAUUCUUCUUUUUAAUUAUUUAUUGGAUACACAGCUGAAUGAGCCAAGGGUCGAAUUUUCAUUCGUGCCAUAUUCCUUCUAGUUUUGGUUAGACAAUAUAAUCCAUCUAUUUCACUCCUGAUCAAACAGUGAAGAGGUCUAUAUUGGCCUCACUUACGCAUUCUUCAGUAGUGCUCGAUUUUCUUUUAUGUAGAGUAAUUUAAAUUGAUUGUCGCUAGGUAAAACCAAAGGGAAGAUUUUAUAUUUUGUUCCAAUUUGGUUUCUGGUGAUAUUCACUUCAUCAAAAAAGGGUUUUGCAAAGAAAAAUAUGCCGACAUUGUCGCUGCUCUCGAGAAGAUCAUUGUUUGUUACCAACCUCGAUACAAGAGAAGACAUACAGUAUCAGUAAAUACACCGGAACCGAACACAACAGCAUCAUGGGAAACGAUGAUGACAGCGGUUGCUGCACGGAGGAGUAUGCCUGGGUGCCACCCGGUCUUACACCCGCCCAGGUCAAUGGUUAUAUGGGCAGUCUUCCGGAAGAUAAAAUUCCUUACGUAAAUAGUAUCGGUGAACAAUAUCGCGCCAAACAGUUGUUAUAUCAACUUCCUCCACAUGAUAGCGAGGUUAAACAUUGUCAUAAUUUAUCAGAAGAUGAAAAACGAGAAUUGCGUACAUUCCAUGGAAGGCGUAGAAAGGAUUGUUUGGGAAGAGGAAAUGUGCAAACUUUUCCCAGUUCUAUUAAUGGAGUAACUGGGAUUUGUCAACAGUGUUCUCUUCACAUUUCACCUGGCGAUGUGGUAGUUCACGCAUGGAGAGCAGGUAAGGAAGCCUGCUGGCAUCCCGCAUGUUUCACCUGCAACACAUGUAGAGAACUGCUGGUCGAUCUUGUUUAUUUCUACCAAGAAGGGAGAGUGUAUUGUGGAAGACAUCAUGCAGAGCUGUUGAAACCAAGAUGCUCAGCUUGUGAUGAGAUUAUAUUUUCUGACGAAUGUACGGAAGCCGAAGGGCGAUUUUGGCAUAUCGGUCAUUUUGCUUGUUUUGAGUGCGACGCUUCACUUGGUGGGCAGCGCUAUGUGAUGAGGGACAAUCACCCAAUUUGUUGCAAAUGUUUCGAAAAAAUGUUUGCUGAGUUCUGUGACUCAUGUGGAGAACCCAUUGGUAUUGAUGUCGGCCAAAUGGCGCAUGGAAGUCAGCACUGGCAUGCUAACGAGAAAUGUUUUAGUUGUUUUAACUGUGGCAUAAGCUUGCUCGGACAACCAUUCUUGCCAAAGAAUGGAGAAAUAUUUUGUUCAUCUGGAUGUAGUAGAGGUAUUCCUCCACCCAAUCCUGUCACGCCGAAAUAUCCUCCACGGUCAGCAUCAAGAAAUCGAUCUUAUCGUCCAUCGGAUUAUUCGAAUAACAACAGAGAAAAGGAUGGUUAUAUUAGUUCCAGUACGUUAAGUCCAGAACCCGUUCGUAAAAUGGUAGAAACACGUUCCAAAACUAGUUACCGUAAUUCGUUAGAUAAGUAUGGCCUGGCGGGUGCGGAGAAGCUUGGAGAUAUGCUUAAAAAUAUGCCACAACAUGACCAUAUUAAAGAAGAAAGUGACAGAGAUGAGACUAGUUCUACAUGUUCAUCUGCAAAUUCGUCAAGAAAAGAACUACCUUCAUUUCCACCAAGUAAUCGACACAGCAAAAAACCUGUUCUUCGUGUACCUCCGAAUCAUAGACAAAAACCAAAAGGUCCUGAAAUAUGGAUCGAUGUGGUUCCACCUAUAGAAAUGACUACACGCCAGGAAGAAAAGAAGAAAAAUAAUUUUUCCGGCAAGCAUGAAUACACCCACCCAAACGGGAACAAUACAAUCGAGAGACUCGUGCAAGCAGAACGAAGUCGUCGUCGUCAUCGAAGAAAAGCUGACGACUCUUAUUUUUCUGACUUUGAGGUUGAAAGACGUAAACGUUCCCAAAGGCGACAACAAUAUAUGCCGAGUUUACCGUAUACAGUUGAGUCGCCAACUCCUUCGGAAAUACCUGUUAUAUCGUCAAAAGCUCGUUCCACUGAAUCUCUUGAUGCUGGUAAAAGUCGAGUUUGUGGUCGUCGUGACGAAAGAGAACAUCGAAGUAAAAGAACGACGUCAGAAACGAAUAUUUCGAAUUCAAAAAACUAUAAGACUAAAACCGACGCUGUCGCCAACCUCAAACUCGGUAUAGACGUAAGCUCGCCUAAAAAACAAAAUUUUAAUAAAGUAGACAUUGGUAAACGAGCCCCGCCAAGAAAACAAUCGGUCGAAGAAAAUAGAAAGCCGAGAUCAUUCGGGAUGUUUUCGGCUGAAGAUCAACGAAGAACUAGAAUAAAUUAUGUAACGCAAGACGAUAUGGCUUUACAUCGGCAAAAGAGUCCAAAAAAGGGGAAAAAGAAGAACAGAAAUCAAAGCCAAUGCGUAAUAUCAUAAAGGAAUAUAAGUUUUUUUUUAACAUCUGCACAUAAUUUAUUUGUACUUUUUAAUAUGUUUUUACCUGACUUCUGUUGCGGGAUAAAUGACGACUCACUGCGCACAAAAUAUUAAAAGUUUAAUCUUUCGUUGGGAAGAAUUUUUUUCUUUAUUACUUUUAGUAAUAGUACAUAUUUAUGUGUGGUUUAUGCCACUUAUAUAGUUACCGAUGCAACAAGAAUGAGGCGUUCUUAAUCUUCAGCUUAACAAUAUUAAUUUUUGGCGUUUCGAACUGUAUAUAGUUUAAAAUGUUCUGUAAAAAGGCAUGGAAUAUUAAUGUAAUAUAGAAUAAGUCCUAUGUUUGAAUAUAGAAUACACUUAGCUAUAAGUAAUGUUAAAAUUA